ACCAGAUUAAUUUCCUUUUUUUUUUUACUAGAGCUUGCUCCUGGAUCUAGUCUUCUAAAUGUGUGAACACAUAUCCAUGCUUUCCUUCUCUCUCUUCCUCCUACCUUCCUCCCUGUCAUUCUAUAUCCCUGACUCCAACCCAGUCCUGCCUUACAAUGAUCAAGUCCGUGAAAGACAUCUUUACACAGAUAAUGAAAGGAGAGGACUGUUUCUGGAGAUCACCCCUGAUGGAAGAGUGACAGGGAGUUCAGUUCAAACCCCUCUCAGUGUGUUGGAGUUGAAAUCUGUUCAAGUUGGUUUGACAGUCAUCAAAGGUGUGUCGUCUUCCCUUUACCUCUGCAUUGACAGCUCCGGCCAGUUGAGGGGGCAGAGUCUUUACACGGAGGCCGACUGCACCUUCAGAGAGCUGCUGCUAGCUGACGGAUACACUCGUUUCCUCUCUUCACAUCAUCAGCUUCCUGUGUCGCUAUCCUCAAAAGUCUCCACAGAGCAAAACGGACUCCCAUUCUCUCGGUUCCUACCCAUGAGAAGCGAUUUGUUAUCUGGAAGUUUGACAGAGAAUACAGCUGAAAACCAACAAAAGAGUCAGCUACAGCUCAACAUGGGUUCCGAUGACCCUCUUCGCAUGGUUCUCACUGGCGUAUAUAGUCCACAGUUCUCUAUGGAGAGAUGAAGCAGAAAAAAAGUUUGCAGAUGGAAGAAUACAAGGAACUGUUUAUAAAGACAAAUAUUUAUUUUAAGGUUGACUGGAUUGCAUUGCUAUGUUCAUUCCCAAAGGGAUUUUUUUAACCUUUUAUAGAAACACUCUCACAUUUAUUGCACCACAGCAAAAACUUAAUUGUGGCCAAGCUGGCCAAGCAGAUUGUCUCAUA